CAAAUCAGCAAACCAGAAAGAUGAAGAGCAAGUCGCGCAAGUCGUGUUCACAAAGUACUUUCUAUGUCGUGUUCGUGUUCUGAGAGUGAGAGGUCGUUUUCUUUGUGGUGGCUGGCUCGGCGGUUUUUUGCGAGCUUUUGAUUUUGGCUGAGUUUUAAUACCUACCUAGUUUAUUAUUUUGAGCACAAACAAUAGACGAUUACUGUAGAGGAACUUACGUAGUGUUAAUAGAAAAGAUGUCCGAUUCAGACUUAAUAGAACUGCGUAAACAAUGCAUAACAAGUCUUUAUUUGUGCACAGACAAUAUCUGCAAAUAUUUGGACGAUGAAAAAGAUGCAGAAUUUGAUAAACUGAAGUCUCUCGUCGGAGAGUAUUGCUUACAAGAAGCACAGCAGGAAGUUGCAAUUCAAGCUUUAGAGAAAGCCAAAAGGGAAACUGAAUCAUCAAAUGUAGAUAGCUUAGAGGCCAAAUUCACAGAAAACCUGCGUACAUUAGCUGGAAAACGUGAAAAUGUUAGCAUACAUCCAUACAUGAUUGAACUCACUAAACAUUUCCAAAGAGGACAGCAAGUUUCUAGGCAAAACUUAGAUGAAUCCGAUCUGGCCAUAACUGAAACACAGGACCAAUAUAUUGAUCCAAUCACAAAGAAGCCAAUAGAAGAUCCAGUGAAAAAUACAGUGUGUGGACAUAUUUAUGAGAAAAAUUCUAUUAUGAAUCUCAUCCACAGGAAUAACAGAACUAAAUGUCCAGUGGCUGGAUGCGGCAAUCGAGGGCCCAUACAGAAGCAACAUUUACUCACUGAUGAAGAGUUGAAAUUCCGCUUGACUAUUACUCAGCAUUCCACUAUGAUCCAGGAGAGAUCAGUCACGAAUCUAGAUGAUACAAUGGAGUAAUUAAAAAUAAUUUCUCAAUGCUGAAGGCAACAGCAAGCUGUGAUUUCUAUACCUAUAGUGAAUUGUCAGGAAAAGAACAUAAUUAGUUCUUUUUGGCUUUUUCAAUUGUGACCGUCGGCUGCAAAAAGUAUGACAAACAAAGCCUGGCAAGCGGCGCAAUUUGCUGGGUUGCUAAAACAAAAGUAGAUAGAUUUUUGAUCACGCGGUAUAAGUUCAUGAACUUAAAACGCACGCAGAUUUCACAGAGCGGAUGAGCGGAUCGCUGGGCGUCGGACUUUGUUAGGAACAGGGGAAACAAAGAAAGAAAGAAAGAAACACAACAAACAAGAGUACUUACGCUACGCAACAAGCGACGCCACAAAAUAGAGCGGAACCAACAGCGGCGCAAGAGUGACAGACUGUGUUAUUUAAAAAUAUUGUUUUACUAGCUUUUGCCCGCGUUAAUUUUCCGUGAUGAGAAAUACCCUAUGUCCUUUUCCAUACUUCAAACUACAUGUAUUCAAAAUUUAAAGAAGAUUGGUUGAGUUGAUAAGAGCGUGAAGAGGUAACAAACUUACUUUCGCAUUUGCAAUAUUAGUUAGGAUAUCAAAAUAAAUACCCAGGCUUUCAUAAACGAUGUCAUAACAUAAAUACAGAAGUGUUCUAAAAAGAUUAUCCCUUCCGUAUAUCGAGAAUAUAUGUAUCCAGAGUAUAUGUUGAUAAUUUGGAAAACUACAUAAUUUACGACUCUGAAUAGUCCACCCCGACUACUAAGCUGCUGAAAGUACGUGGCGUGUUUUAAGACCAAUCGUUUAGGCCGAAGUCGUCAACCGGCCGUAAUGCUAUCUAAAUUGUAUGUUAAGGUUGUACAGUAUUUUUGCAGUCGACUGUACAUGUCUUCCCAUUGCCUGUUAUACAAUGUUUGUUUACAUGUACUGCUAUCAGUGUGCCUUAAAUGAAAAUAAAUAUAGGUGUGGUGAUUACAAAA